AUGUCUUUCUUCAUCGAGAACCCUAACGUAGGGAACCAUGACAACCUCGAAGAUUCGCGCAUUCGCGGAUACAACCCUCUCACACCCCCCAACCUCCUGCAACAUGAGAUCGCUAUGACAGAGAAGUCCAGACAGACGGUCCUGGAAGGCCGUCAAGAAGCUGUUUCCAUUGUCCACGGCACAGACGACAAGCACCGUCUGCUAGUCGUUAUCGGCCCCUGCUCGAUUCACGACCCCGAAAUGGCCCUCGAGUACUGCGAUCGACUUCUCAAGAUGAAGGAGAAGUACAAGGAUGAACUGCUGAUUGUCAUGCGCUCCUACCUCGAGAAGCCCCGCACCACAGUCGGAUGGAAGGGCCUGAUCAACGACCCCGAUAUCGAUAACAGCUUCAAGAUCAACAAGGGUCUGCGUACCUCCCGCCAGCUCUUCGUCGAUCUGACCAACAAGGGCAUGCCCAUCGCCAGUGAGAUGCUGGAUACCAUCUCUCCCCAGUUCCUCGCCGACUGUCUCUCCGUCGGCGCCGUUGGCGCGCGGACAACCGAGUCGCAGGUUCACCGCGAGCUGGCGUCCGGUCUGUCCUUCCCGGUCGGUUUCAAGAACGGAACCGAUGGCUCGUUGGAUGUUGCAGUCGACGCCAUUGGCUCCGUCAAGCACCCCCACCACUUCCUUUCUGUCACCAAGCCUGGUGUCGUCUCCAUCGUCGGUACCGUGGGCAAUCCCGACUGCUUCGUCAUCCUCCGUGGCGGAAAGAAGGGUCCCAACUUCGACGCUCAGAGCAUUGCCGAUGCCAAGACCAAGCUGUCCGCGCAGGGUUUGACGCCCCGUCUCAUGGUCGACUGCAGCCACGGCAACUCGCAAAAGAACCACAAGAACCAGCCCAAGGUCGCUGCCGUUCUGGCGGAACAGAUCGCUGCUGGCGAGAGUGCCAUCAUGGGUGUCAUGAUUGAGAGCAAUAUCAACGAGGGCAACCAGAAGGUUCCUCCUGAGGGCAAGGCUGGCCUCAAGUACGGUGUCAGUAUCACCGAUGCCUGCAUCCACUGGGAGGAUUCGGAAGCGGUGCUCGAGAACCUUGCGCAGGCCGUACGUGCUCGGAAAGAGAAGCUUGCUGUCAACUGA